AUGGCGGUAGCCCACUCCUUUGUGGGCAGAUACUUUCGCCUUGAGGGUUCCGGUCAUCCCAAGGAACGCAAGGGCAGCUUCUUCUUUACCGAGUUCCGUGCCGGCUUGGCCACCUUCUUUGCCAUGGCUUACAUCAUCUCUGUCAACUCGUCCAUCGUCUCCGACAGCGGAGGUAACUGCGUGUGCCCGGCUUCAAGCAAGGACAACUGCAUCACGGAUAGUCCCCUGGAAUACCUGCAAUGCAUCGAGGAAGUCAAGCGGGAUCUGGUCACGGCCACUGCCGCUAUCGCGGCUCUCACUUCUUUCUGCAUGGGCUUGUUCGCCAAUUUACCUAUUGCCCUUGCCCCAGGAAUGGGUCUUAACGCGUAUUUUGCUUAUACUGUGGUCGGUUUCCAUGGUAGUGGCAUGGUCCCGUAUGAGGUCGCCCUUACAGCUGUUUUUGUCGAGGGCUUCGUUUUCGUCGGCUUGACUCUUCUUGGGAUCCGACAAUGGCUCGCAAGAGCUAUCCCAGCCAGUAUCAAGCUCGCCACAGGUGUUGGUAUCGGACUCUACCUGACCAUCAUUGGUCUUGCCUAUUCAGCCGGUAUUGGAUUGCUUGUCGGUGCCCAAUCGACUCCUCUAGAACUUGCUGGAUGUGCUCCUCAAUACAAGGACCCUGAAACUGGUCUGUGCCCGGAAUCUCAGAAGAUGAGGAACCCGACCAUGUGGAUCGGAAUCUUCUGUGGUGGUAUUCUCACCGUUAUGCUGAUGAUGUACCGCGUCAAGGGCGCAAUCAUCUUUGGUAUUCUUCUCGUCUCCAUCAUCUCCUGGCCACGGCCGACGUCUGUCACAUACUUCCCGCACGAUGCACUCGGUGACUCCAAGUUUGACUUCUUCAAGAAGGUUGUCACUUUCCAUCCAAUCAGUCGAAUCUUGGCUGUCCAGGAGUGGAACAUUGCAGAUCACGCUGGACGAUGGGGACUUGCCUUCAUCACCUUCUUAUACGUUGACAUUCUCGACUGUACCGGUACCCUGUACUCAAUGGCCCGCUUCAGUGGCGUCAUCGAUGAGCGCACUCAGGACUUUGAAAACUCGUCUAUCGCUUACACGGUGGAUGCAUUGGGCAUCUCCAUCGGUUCCCUCAUGGGCUCACCACCCGUCACUGCCUUUAUCGAGUCUGGAGCCGGUAUCUCUGAGGGUGGCAAGACUGGUCUCACCGCCAUGUUCACUGGACUCUGCUUCUUCAUUGCCGUAUUCUUCGCACCCAUCUUCGCUUCGAUUCCACCAUGGGCAACUGGCUGUACAUUGAUCAUUGUCGGUUCGCUCAUGGCUCAGUCAGCCAAGGACAUCAACUGGCGAUACAUGGGUGACGCCAUUCCCGCCUUCCUCACGAUUGCGAUUAUGCCGUUCACCUACUCCAUCGCAUAUGGUCUUAUUGCCGGUAUCUGCUCUUACAUCCUCAUCAACACGUCGGUAUGGGUCAUUGAGAAGGCCUCUGGUGGACGCAUUGUACCGCACAACAAGGAAGAGAAAGAGAACUGGACAUAUCGCAUUCCUGGCGGAUUUCUCCCUCCUUGGUUGCAGCGGCUGAGCAGUGGCAAGAAGGAUUUCUGGAGGGACAAUGAGCAAUCGGAAGGUGUUACGGUACAACAACAGGACGAGCACAGGAACGACGAUGGCUCCGCGUCUAGUGGACAUGAGAAAGAGUACGUUUCGGCGAGCAAACCCGGCCACCACGUUGCGUAGAAGCGGUCGCUGGAUGCAUUUCUUUGCGUGUUUACGGAGUUUUGCAAAAGUCGGGUGGAAGAUUCGUAUAUGUCUUGUAAACUAGAGUGUGGUGGCUACUGCAGAGUUUUGGCGUCCGGAUGGGGGUUCGUCGCAACAAAUCAUGGUGCGAAACGGCUGGAAAUACCCUCGUUGAACAAUACUAUCAUCUAUUAUCUCGGUGAA